GUAGGGCUUUUACCGUCCUGAUGCGAACCUUGUGUUCUCGUAUCUCCGCAGGGUCUGUGGUGUCUCAGAGACCUGGCGGUGUUUGCACUGGAUUGUGUCGCCAGAGAUCUGCUGGGUGCUCUGUGUUGUAACGGCUUUUUAUAUGUUUUUGUUUGUUUUUGUUGGCGGGGCCGCUUGUCCUUUAAAGCCUCCCUUCCAAUUCUGUUACCCGUAUUAACCUGAGGUAAAAAACCUCCUGGCCGAGGCGUGCUGACCUCCGGCUCCAUGUGGUGUGACGGAUCGCGAUGUGCUUUCCCUCAGCCCGAGCAUUUAACCCUGCUGAGGUGGCUGUGGGCCGUUCAGUCAAUCAGCGGCCCAGAGCGGAGGAGGCCGGGCCGGCAGCUCCGCCACCCGGAAGGACGGUGCCCGCCUGGCUCGUGACCGCCGCAGCCACCGCCCGGGGCUUCGGGGAGGGGCCGCCAUGGCAGCAGACGCCCCCGGCACCGUCCCGGUGCAGCUGGUGGAGCAGCCCAGAUUGCUGAAGCUGAAGGAGAGUUUUAUAGCAAAAUUUGGAUCAGCUCCCAAGUUUUAUGUUCGUGCACCAGGGCGAGUCAACUUAAUAGGAGAACACAUAGACUACUGUGGUUAUGCCGUGCUCCCGAUGGCUAUAGAACAAGAUAUCUUGAUUGCAGUAGAACCUGUAAAGACUGAAGUUGUGCAAUUGGCCAAUAUAAAUUCUUCGUACUUGGAUUUCAGUACUAGUGUCAAUAACAUUCAGAUUAACAAAACCAAGCCUCAGUGGCACAGCUACUUCUUGUGUGGACUGAAGGGCAUUCAGGAACAUUUUGGUCUUAAUAACCCAACUGGAAUGAAUUGUCUGCUAGAUGGAACCAUCCCUCCAAGUUCUGGUCUUUCUAGCUCCAGUGCUUUGGUGUGCUGUGCAGGACUCGUGACCCUAAAAGCUAAUGGAAAAACCCUCUCUAAGGUGGAACUUGCAGAAAUUUGCACCAAGAGUGAACGUUACAUUGGCACAGAAGGUGGAGGAAUGGACCAGUCAAUCUCUUUUCUGGCAGAAGAAGGAACUGCCAAGUUGAUAGAGUUCAGUCCUCUGAGGGCAACUGAUGUUAGACUUCCAAGCGGAGCAGCGUUUGUUAUUGCUAACAGUUGUGUUGAAAUGAAUAAAGCAGCAACUUCUCAUUACAAUAUUAGGGUAAUGGAGUGUCGUCUGGCUACAAAGCUUCUCGCAAAGUCAAAAAGUUUGGACUGGAAAAAAAUGCUGAGACUCCAAGAUGUGCAGGCCAGCCUAGGAGUCAGCCUAGAGGAAAUGCUGACCAUUGUCGAGGAGGUAUUACAUCCGGAGCCUUACAGCACAGAGGAAAUUUGUAAAUGCCUGGGAAUUAGCCUGGAGGAGCUCCGCUCUCAGAUCCUGAGUCAAAACACACAAAAUGUUUCCACCUUCAAGUUAUACCAGCGUGCAAAGCAUGUGUACAGCGAAGCUGCCAGAGUGCUGGAAUUUAAGAAGAUAUGCAGCGAAACACCUGACAAUGCAAUCCAGCUGCUGGGAGAAUUAAUGAACCAGAGCUAUAUCAGCUGCAAGGAAAUGUAUGAAUGCAGCUGUCCCGAACUGGAUCGGCUGGUAGACAUCUGCCUGCAAUUUGGGGCCGUCGGGUCACGUCUGACUGGAGCUGGAUGGGGCGGCUGCACUGUGUCAAUGGUGCCUACUGACAAGCUGAAUACUUUCCUAAAAAAUGUUAAAAAAGCUUAUUACCAAAACGAUGGCCAAAGGUUAGCACUGGAGAAUAAUGGUCUCUUUGCUACCAAACCUGGAAGAGGAGCUUUGGUUUUUGUUGAGGCCUAAAGAACAUAGAAAUUGUAAAGAAACUAUGUGGAGCAUUUCUAACUGGCAGGACUUCCCACGCCACAAUAAAUGAAAGCCUUUUCUGGGUUUUAUUACGAGUAGUUGCUAUUAUCAGAGUAUAUUUCUGAAGAAGGAAUUAAUCAGAACACUGAUUACAAAAUCUGUUUUUCCCAAUAUUGAACUAUUUUCAGUGUAAAUGCUAAUUCACCAAAAUCUAUUGACAUGCUGGAAUUGAAAAAGGGAUGAUUGUUCAUUACUACAGAUCUUUAUCUUUCCUUUUUCUGCUAUAAAAGUAAGACAAAGUAGAGCACUGAACUAUUCUCCUGAAGGGCUGGAGCCUUGUGCUGUGUGCAGGGCUGCUCAGUGCUGACAUCAGGGGCCAGAUGUCAAUUCUGGAAUCCUAUGAAAAUGGAAGAUCAACCUGAUGAAUUAGAAACAAAAACGGAUGGGCCUUGCUGAACAUGGCAUGUUUUAUGCCAGUCUCAGAUACAAUUAUUACUGUUGCAACUAAUGAUAACAUUGGAGGGGAACCUACAGGCCAAAUAAAACAUGGGAACACAUUAUGUUAAGCAGGAAAGCUUAACUUCUAGCUGUAGUAUCUUGGUGUAACAGUGACUUAUGAAUGUUUCAGUGACAAUGUUUAUCUGUGACCUGUAGAACAUGACAGCAUGCUCGCCUUACCAAAUGAGUGAACAAAGUAAAGUUUGGCUUUGAGUUGUCCAAGUACCAUAUACUCAUUGGUCAGUUCCAGCUGCGUGUUUACAAGGUAGAUGAAUUUGCAUUUUCAGGCAAAACUGCUAUGAAGGACUAAGUAUAGUCACAAAUUGCAUUUCAAUUCAUGUCGUGCCUAAAGAAGCUCCUGACAGUCUCCAAGGUGUAACCACAAUGCGCUGGAAGCAUAUCACCCACACUGCAGUGCCCAUCUCAGUAGGAGAAAUGAUAAUGGUGUGACUGUCAUGUCAGAUGGCUGACUAAUGGCUGACUGUACAUUAAGAUCUGCUUCCUAACAGAUCAGCUUCCUGUGCCCUGUUUCACAGCGCAAUAACUGGCACUUCUCUGCCAUCUCCAAUGAAAAUGCAGAAGUUCUGCUCAUGUCGUAACCCUUUCAGCCAUAAAAGACAUAACAUGUGCAUAUUUUUAUGAUGCUAAGCACAUGUGAAUGUCCAGAAGUCUGCAUCAUAUUAGAGAUCUCUCAGAAGAGAUCAUCUGUACAUUACCCACACUAAGUCAGGCCAAAAAUGAAUUCUUAGAGGCUACUAACUCUGUGAGAGGACUCUGCCAAAUUUGAGCACAGCAGAUGAACAAGAGCCAACACAGACCGCCAGAUCUUUUCAGGAACCUCAGAGGGGACAUGGAACAUAUCUUUAGUAUCUCUAAAGAAGAUUUUUGUAUUCUGACAACCAGGAAGAGAUGAACAGAGAAUGCUGUAGAUCAAGCAAAUCGAGCACUUGAGAGAAAAGGCUCUGGGCACCAAGGGAAGUGAUGGGAUUUAGAGGGAAGACAGUUAAAAGGAUACAAUUAAGAAGAGGAAGCAAGGGAUAAGGGAGACAGUAAAGAACAGGAGCUAGAAUUACAGAAAGGUUUACUCUCUGAACAUUGACUAACACUAUCAAUGGAAAUGUAAUACCUUGUAGCCCAGUUGUAACGUACAGCAGAUGUGCUGCGCUUGCAACCAAAGCUGUAAACAUAAGACUCCAAAAAUGAAAUAACUAUUGGUUAUCUUCUUUACAUCUUUACAUCUUUACAUCAUCUUUACAUCUUCAAGAAGUUCCAAGUUAACCGAGAGAUUUCAAGGAAAAAUAAAGCCAUGGCUUUACCACCACCUGCCUUAAUAGAGAGCACCCUUCUCUCAUAGAAACAGCGUACAGUAUAGAGUGUAGCAGUUCAUUCAGUAAUGCAUCCGAACUGAGCUUCAGCUGCGUUAAUGGAAGCUCUCACCACUGUGUGAGAAGAACGAAGUUAUUUUAGAUUCUUUUGUUAUGUCUUGAGAAUGUCACACACUGUCAUGGAAGCUUCCCAAAAACGUGUGGGCAAGUUUAUGGGCUGCAGUGCAUUUCUGUGAGUCGCAUAAAUGAUAUUCUCAUAAACACAGCAGAGGGAAGCAGGAAACUGGCAUAAUGUAAAAGAGUAAGAAAUAAACCUUCUAAAUUUCUGAUUCAUUUCUUUCCUUUCUCUUCUAAUUGAUUCAAUGUUUUUACCAUAAUUUUGCUGUAAUCUGCAAUUAAUAAAAAUAAUUUUUAAACAAAAAA